AGAAACAACGCGAGUCAAGUCACCUACAACGAUCCAUGGUUUCACAGACAAACCCUCGCCCGUGGGUCGCGGAUCCCGGAGGUAGGUUGUGAAUAUCAAGCGUGGCUUCCGGUGCCAGUCCUGCGCAAAUCAGUCCUUCUACAAUGAUUUUUAAUUAAAAUAUUAUGCGCAAGGGUUAGCAGCACCUAGCCUGCGAACGGGCAUACUCUGGGUACGAGAUUGGGAAACCUCAUCCUUGAUUAUGACUUAUUUUUUAUUAUUUAAUGUACUAUAAUCGUCUAGUAUAGUAUAGUAUAGCCUUUUGGUUAUAACUGCAUUGUGAGCAUGCACCUACUUUCCUGUAAAAUUUACCUGCUGUUUUUUAACUGCUUUAUAAUAAUAAUUCAUUGAUGUAAUGUGGUACUUAAUAAAUAUCUUAUUUACUAACCAUUUUAAUAUACUAAUAUUUUAACAGAUCGACAUGGGACUCAUUGAUUUGCUUUCUUCAACUAAUAUACAGACUUAUUUUUACUAAUUAUUCAUAGUUAAUUAACCACUAAUUUACUAAUCAUUUAACAGAUCAGCAAAUCCUGACAUGGAAUUGAUUUUCUUCAAAUGAUUUUUUAUAGAAAUAAUGAUGAGGAAAAUGCAGAUUCCACAGAUUAUGAGUUGUUAGUACUAGGAAAUUUGUAUAAUUUUUAUUGGGUUCAAUUACGCUAGUUAUGCUAAUUAUGUUCAAUAACAAUAGCACUUAGAAUUAAGGGCGGAAUCGCAAGGGUGCAGGUUCCAUUGCUCAUGCCAGAGAGGCUAUAGUUGUAUUAUUCGCAACUGCCUCAGGUUAGAUCUAAUAAAUGUAUAAAAAUUCACACUCGGCCGAAAAUAACCCUGAUAUUUGUGAUGUUACUCUGAGUGUAUAUCCACACCGGGCGAGCUUGAAAAGUAUGCUCGGCCACGGUGGGAAUCAAACCUACGACCUUUGGAAUCGAACCUACGACCUAACAUCACAAAUUUCAUAUUCACCUGAGUACACAACACCAACACAGAAAAAAAUCAAAUAACCCUGAUAUUUACAUAUCUCUGUGCCAGAAGUCGCGCUGCACGUUGGAACUAAAAUCGCCUCGUUUUAACAUGUUUUUAUUAUUCCUAACGUGUUGUUAUGGACCGAUUUGAAAAAUAUAGUUCUCAUUCUUUUUCCUUCCGAAAUUAAUAUCAACCGAUUUACACUACACAACUUUUACCUAAAACUAUCGCAUGCAGCCUGCUUACAACUUGAGUUGUACUGUGUAACUCAAGUACACAGCUCGCCUUAACAUAGGCGAAUUGUGUGUUUGAUGUCAUAUUUCAAAUCGGACUAUGUCUAUGAGGACAGGGUGUUAGCCAGAAUUAAAAAAAUCCCCGUUUACUUGAAAUUGGGAAAUUUAUUUUAGCCUGAAGCCGGGCAUUUCUUUGUGGGUCUGGGGGCAUGCGGUUGCCCCCUCUCGACUGUGUCUUUGAAAUGGCAUUUCCCACAUUUUGGGAGUAAUUUUGAGCAAAUAUAGUUAUAAACAUGUUUUUAAUGGCGUGUUAACAACAUUGAAUUUCUAUAACUAUUUUUUGGCUGACCCAAAUUGGGAAAUUGCGACCUCAAGGUAAUUGGGAAAACUGCGUUUAACGCGGAAUUUUUGACUGUAGCUAACACCCUGGAGGACUGGACUGGAUUUCAGGUCCGUGCAAUUUGAUCAGUAUUAUCAUGUGAGCAAAAUAAAGCAAUACGGUUGGCUAAUUUACUCAUGAAUUAUUAAUGAGUUUGAGAUUUACACAGCACAGGGAUUGCAAGCGAAUGUUUUAGACAAAAGUUGUAGACAAAUAGGCCAUUAUCAAUCUUUAACUCUUGCUCUUUGUCUCAAAUAAGCCUGGUAAUGCAUAAAAUAUAAAAUAAUGAGAAAUUGUGAUAACUAGUUUUCGAAUCAGUCGAUUAACCACUUGCGUAAUAGACUAAAUUUUGAUCUCAACAAAGGGUUUGGGGCUGUCAAUUUCCCGUUUGUAAUCUAAAAUGACUGAAAAUUGCAAACUUCGCAAGGCUAUAUUGUCCGCAUUUUACAAUAUUUCGCAACGAAACUUUGGAAUAUUACCAAUCUUGUGAUGCUCUUUCAAGCUGUGAUGAAUUUUUUUUCUAGACUUGUUGAGAUCAAAAUUUAGUCUAUUACGCAAAUGGUCAAUUAACCCUGCUGAAACCCACCAAUUUAAGAUGAUAAUGGAAAAAAAAUCAUAUUAAGAUGAUAACUUAGUGAACAAUUUGAUUUCCUAAUUUCUUCCUAGGUUGACCUCUGGUUCUGCGAACAACGAGAAUUUAGCGCCGGAGGAUGACGAUUCAGGUAACCAUAGUAACUCCUUUCCCUAUAGCCCAGGCUCCCAGGGUCGCUCGCGGCCGGCUAUAACGCACAUGGUGAAAAGGCGCGAAGGUGUGCCUAUGCCGCUGCCCGAUGCAAGCGCUGACAAGUGGCUCAAGUAUCAUUAUAUUGAUGACGAAAGGAGGAAAAAAGGUGAUCUUGUAUUGUCCGUGUUGAUAGCGUUCGUGUUGAUGUGUUCGUGUUGAUAGUGUUCGUGUUAUAGCGUCCCUGUUCGUGAUUAGCAUGUCCGUGUUAGUGGUUUUCAUGUUUAUGUUGAUGAUUUUCGUGUUCGUGCUGACAAUGUAUACACUCGUGCUUGUAUGGUUUAAGCUUGUCUUGAAAGUGUUCAGUCCGUGUUGAUAUGUUUUCGCGUUCGUGCUGACUGAUGGUGUUUGCGUGCUUAAUAGCAUUCGUGUUGAUGGAAACGGUUUUGGUGUAAAGCCUGAGCUGUGUAUGUUAGUGUGAUAAAAUUAACAGGACCCAGGUCAUGAUAGGCAAACCAGAGCAACGCAACCGAAGCUAGCACCAGUCUCACUGUUGCAUUCAUUGCGGACAUUGCGAAAUAUGGAUUGAGAAGUUUGGCUGCCAAAGUCUAAGAAAGAAUUGGAAGGAGGUGGCCGUCUUCGCUCCGUCCGAUACUGACUAACGUUUGACACCUCAUUUAGUGUCAGAGUAACCAUAGAAAAGAUUUUUUUACCAUACCAUACCAUACUGUAUUUUAUCACCUUACUGUACCAUACCAUACCAUACUGUAUUUUAUCACCUUACUGUACCAUACCAUACCAUACUGUAUUUUAUCACCUUACCAUAACAUACCAGACUAACAUUUGAUUCCUUAUCUAGCGGCAGAGCAACCUUACAGAAGAUAUUCUUAUCACGGCUCUGUCUUACGGGAUGACGAACUAAAACCAGCUGACGCCCCAGAACGUCCAGUGAGUAACUUAUCUUUAUAAACUGAAUGCAAUUUGGAAUACUUGCAUCUGUGGUACAUAACGUAACAUUUCUUCAUUCAUUUACAGCGUAUGCAAGCGGGAAGUGGCUGGUACAAGGAAUUGUUUAAGGAAAUGCACACCGGAGCUGGAAGUGAGUAUUGAUUUAUAACUAACUACAUUUAUACUGGAUAGCUCUUUCAGUUCUAAACUGUUCUCCCUAGAGGUCCAGUAAGGAUCAUCUCUUAUUGAUCCAGUGUUACUACAGGAGGAAACUUAAACGAAACUAACUUUAUUUAUACUGGAUAGCUCUACCAGUUCUAAACUGUUCUCCCUUGAAGUCCAGUAAGGAUCAUCUCUUAUUGAUCCAGUGUUACUACAGGAGGAAACCUAAACUAAACUAACUUUAUUUAUACUGGAUAGUUCUAUCAGUUCUAAACUGUUCUUCCUAGAGGUCCAGUAAGAAUCAUCUCUUAUUGAUCCAGUGUUACUACAGGAGGAAACCUAAACUAAACUAACUUUAUUUAUACUGGAUAGCUUUAUCAGUUCUAAACUGUUCUUCCUAGAGGUCCAGUAAGGUUCAUCUCUUAUUGAUCCAGUGUUACUACAGGAGGAAACCUAAACUAAACUAACUUUAUUUAUACUGGAUAGCUCUAUCAGUUAUAAACUGUUCUUCCUAGAGGUCCAGUAAGGACCAUCUCUUAUUGAUCCAGUGUUACUACAGGAGGAAACCUAAACUAAACUAACUUUAUUUAUACUGGAUAACUCUAUCAGUUCUGAACUGUUUCGACCGAGGCGAAAUUAGGUAUCAGAGGUGAAUCCAAUAACCAACACGAAAAGUAACCCACCUUGUUUUAUAGAUUCCACUGGCCUAUCCUCGUUGCUCGCGGGCGAUGUGUCGCCUCCUGCGAAGAACGACGCCCGCGGUCUGUUCAAAAGUUACCGUGACCGCUCGACCUCGGCCCAGGAAGCUGGACUACGCUCGACCAAAACACAGGAAACCCAUGCUGAUCCUAUAAGCUCUGGUCGAUUCUCACGUCCUCAGGCGAAUAUAGAAAGUAACCAGUCGAAUAGACAUUCAAUGACGUCAUUCCCGCCUUCCACUGCCGGAGUAAAAAUGAGGUAAUGAAUAUUAGUUGAGCGCAAUGGAGUGAAUGGACCU